AUGACAUUUGACAGUUUGUGGAAUUUUGAUGACGGAAAGAAAAAGGUUAUAUACAGAAAAAGAGGGAAUAGGCUGAUUAUGUUUAAUUUACUGCAAAAAUAAAUAAAUAAUAAAUAAAGUGUUCAUAAAUUUGUUACUUUAUAUAUUAAGAAAAUAUUAAUAUCACUAGUUGUGGAAUCUGUGAAAGGAAAAAAUAGCAACGUGUCCUAGGUUAGGCCGUUGGGGAAUCAUGUUAUUAUUGGCGUAACAUGAGUGAAAGAAAAAUGUGCAAGUUCUAUAAUUUGAAUGUACCUGACCGCCGCCCCGGGGAGACCCCAAACCAGAACAAUGAUAACAACGAUGACGAUCGCAACUCAGAUCAUCCACUGGAGCCCUACGUGCCUCCACACCACCACAAACUGGAGUACAGCUACUGGAUGUGGUUCUCGCGUAGGCCGCCCGCCCGAGAGCUCUCCGCCUCCACCACUGGUUAUGGACAGGCGCUUCGCAUGGUGGGUCGCAUAGCGUCGGUGGAGCAGUGGUGGGGGCUGUACCUGCACCUCACGCGGCCGGCCGAGCUGCCGCCGCUGUCCGACCUGCACCUCUUCAAGCUGGGCAUCAAGCCCAUGUGGGAGGACCCUGCCAACGUCAACGGCGGCAAGUGGGUGGUAAGGCUGCGCAAGGCGCAGACAGGGCGAGCCUGGGAGGACCUGUGCAUGGCAAUGAUCGGCGAGCAGUUCAUGGUGGGCGAGGAGAUGUGUGGCAUUGUGUUGUCCAUUCGCUUUCAGGAGGACCACCUCGCAGUGUGGCACCGCACGGCGGCGGACGCGGACGCGAAAGCGCGCGUCCGCGACACGCUGCGACGCGUUCUACUACUCCCCGCCUCUGUGCCCCUCGAGUACAAAGCCCACGGCGACUGCCUGCGCGCGUCCGCCAACCACAACCCCCACAACCACAACCACCAGCCGCACGCCUCCCACAACCCUUUCCUCCACAACGCGACCGGCGCGACCAACGCGCACUCCAGCGCGACUAACGCGCACUCCAGCGCGACCAACGCGCACUCCAGCGCGACCAACGCGUACAACAGCGCGCCGCGCGCCGCUGACGAGCGCUCCUAGCGCCCGCAGCGUCCCCCACACAUGCGCUAACGUGUCCAAACUUGCACCUUGAUUUUAUACACCCACUAUCUAAACUAACUUUACCUAGGUAUUUGAAAUUUUGAAGUAUUGCCACUCGAACUCAAAGCAUUUAUUCAAAAUGGGUACCAUCACAUACACUUUUUAACUGUCGAAAUUGUUGGAUUUGUUUAAUAAUGAUGUAAUGUUGAUGAAAUAUUUAAAAGUACCUUACUAGUACAGAAGGUCCAGGCUGCCAAGAUGUUGCAAGACUCUUGUAAUGAGGCAAUAAUGUGGAAUUUAGCUCCAGUUUAGUUUAAAAUUAACAAUUCUUCUCUUUCUAUAGCGUGAACUCUCUUUCUCUCUUAUGAGAUAAGACUUACGCGGGAGCCGUCGAAAAGGAGCACAGCUGUAUGUAUUAUUCUCGAGUCACGUGACCAAUUGAGCCUGAUAAAACUUUAGACGAUUUUAGACUUGAAAGUAACUUAGAUCCUUUUACGAAAGGAAGUAACGUUCUUUCGACGAAAAUGGUUGCCCAAAACAAACAGCUGUUUCGAGGUCACCAGCUUUUAUCUAAUGGUACCAAGCAUAAUAGCAAGUGUGCAUAGUAAAAAUAGUCCUAAGAGUAUAGAGUUGUUUUGAGAUUUAUAAAAAGAAAACCUGUUGCACACAGCAUUUAAAAAUGAUUUUACUUUAACCAUGCGUAAAAAUUUCGUCGGUCAAGGAGCAAACUGAACCAAAAAGAUUGUAGGUUUAAGACCCAAGUUGUUGUACUACUGUUGAGUCGGCUCCAAAUAGCUACAAGCUUUACGCCAAAUUGUCGAUCGAAAAGGAAUUUUUAUAUGAAUUCAUCAAAAUUCUUAAUAUGUGACUAGUCAGUCUGAAAAUGAAUUGGAAUAGUAUGAAAUGUACGGUCGACAUCAAAGUCCAUAUAGAGCUUAAAGGCAGGUAAACGGCAAGUACUCGCCUUUACCGUUACACGACUAACUAAACUACCGUGAUAUGGUUAAACUACCGUGAGUGAUAUCCAUUAUAAAUAUAGUUAUAUUUAUUAUUGAUAUUAUAGUCUAUUUAUACCUAAAGCUUGACAAAAAAAACUAAGCUACUCAUCUUGCUGAUAAAAAAUGAAAUUCUUUUAAUUCUAUCGACUAGCUUUAAAAAUAACAAACUUAAAUAAUAUUUAGUAAAAAGUUCAAAAGCUGAAAGAACGUCUCCUACUAAGUCUACUAACCAAUUAAUGUAUCUAACCAUUGCCUUGGGUUGUACUGGCUAUUCUCUUAUAUACCUAUGUAUAUUAUAUCUUGUAAAUGUUGCCAUAUCUGUUUAAAUAGUUGGCCACAUCUAUAAAAUCAAGGUGUAAAAUUUUAUUGUCAAAGAAUGUUUAUUAGGAAACGACACAAAUCAACGUCAGCCGUGUCGAGCCCUCCUCCCUUGUAAUAAAGUCCAAAUCAGUUUAUUAA